UUCUAUUGUGAAAAUGGCAAAAUUUUUAGCUACGAUUAAAGCGAUAAUUACGCGACUGGUUUUCGCAUCUCAUGGCUUUAUUGCAAUUUGGCAAGUAACUACGUUUAAAAAGAAUCCUCUAUUUUGGUACUUGAGUUGCCCAAUUUUGUUACUGUUUUUCGAAGGAAUUUUCACGCUUACUAUAAAGGAAAAUCAAGAAUGGAAAUGGUUCUGUCCUUCCGUUUUCUUGUACCUAAGCAGUGUAGUUCCAGCGAUAUGGCUUCUGGAAUUAGAUAAGGUCGAUAGGAGAAUGAAAACGUUCGAAACGAACGUGAACAUAUCCGAAAAUUUCGAUUUAACCAACCUGGCAGCUGAAGAUUUGAAACACUUAGAAAAAGCAUUUGGUGUAAAUAUAAAUCUACCUGACAUAAAAAUAUCGACAGAGACCUGGGUAACUUUGAUCGAGCAGUUUCUGAUGUUAAUUCUGAUCAUUGGAAGAUGGAUGUUACCAAAGGGAGAGUUAACCAGAGAUCAACUAAGUCAAUUAUUAUUGGUUUACAUUGGUACAGCAGCAGACAUCAUUGAAUUUUUCGAUUCCUUUAAAGAAGACCGCAUAGCUCGCGAACCCGUUUUAGUAUAUUUGACUUUAGGAAUUUGGGCGUGGUCCUUGAUGCAAUUUACAGUCGUCCUUACAGCCACCAAGUCCCGAAAAUCUAGACUGUCUUCCGGUAACGCCGUUAAAAAGAGAGCGCACACUGAAACUAGUUGCUGCAGCAUUGAUGUAUGGGGAAUUGCAUUGAACAUGCUCCUACAGGAUGGACCAUUCCUUUCAUUCAGAUUGAUUUUAAUCGUCCACUAUCGCAUAGUCAGCUACAUGAACAUUUUCUUCACGUGCAAGAAUACUUUAGUAAUACUGCUGCAACUUUACCGAUUGUACGUUGUGCAGACGGAGAAUCGAAGCAAGAUAAAGAAGAAAUCUGAAGUACCUAGCAUCAGUAUCAUAUCGAAAGAAGAUAUGUACAAAGAUGUAAAAAGUAAAAGGAUUUCUGAAGAAAGAAGAAGAAAAAGAAGAAGAGACAAAGAUAUAGAGGCUAAUUAUUCAGAUAGUGAGGAAACUACGGAAGAAGCAGAUAAAUUUGAUUCCUCUCCUAGAAAUAUUCGUCAUUCCAGAAGAAAAACGCGCCAGGACACCGGAUAUUCCACAUCUAGCUCCAAAAAUUCUGGAAGACAUCGAAAAUCUCAGAGAGGUGAUAGCAAAAAAAGAUCUUCACGUGAAGAAAGCACAAAAAUUGAAAUUUCCAGUGAUGAAGACAAACGUAGAAAAAGAAUUGAUAAAAGAUCGUCGGUGAAGAGGGAUAGGAAGUUAUCAGAGAGUAUUAAAAUGAAAACUAGGAACGAGGAUUCUAGUAAAAGUUCAAGCAAAAGCCGGAAGUGCAAAGAAGACAGCGAAGAAGAUGAAUCGACAACGGAAGAAGUAGCUGAUAAAAUAGUUAGUCAAGAAAGUGAAUCAGAAUCAGAAAGAAAAAGGUAUGUUCAUAGGAAGCGACGUCAGAACAGAGACUGACAACGAUGCCUCGGCAUAAUCGCCCUUCUGUUUGUGUACUUUGCGAUCCUCGUUAUUUGCAUGAUUUUUAUAUACGCCGGGAUCAACGAUGGUAUUGUAUUAACCAC